AUGGAUAUAUGUCAUAAAGUGGAUCUAAACAGGCAUGGGAAGAGGCCCCUUCCAUCCGAUGAUUCAUCGGAGAAAAAAGAAGAAGAAGAAGAAGAAGAAAAGAAUAACAUAUUUCCUGUCUACUCAGCUAGAUCCCAACAAGACAUGUCCGCAAUGGUGUCAGCACUCACUCAAGUUAUUGGAAACACUGAUAAAAACCUUCUUCAUGAUAUGCCUGCAGGAAACUCAGUAGCCGUAGGCAUGGCCCAGCCGGGUGCAACGGUGCCUCCUGAUCAGUCUCAACCCAAUAUUCAAGAUCAAGGGAACCAAGGGAGAAGACACUACAGAGGGGUGAGGCAAAGGCCAUGGGGCAAGUGGGCAGCCGAAAUACGAGACCCUAAAAAAGCAGCAAGAGUGUGGCUAGGCACUUUCGAAACAGCUGAGGCUGCUGCACUUGCAUAUGAUGAAGCAGCUCUUAGAUUCAAAGGAAACAAAGCUAAGCUCAACUUCCCUGAAAGAGUUCAAGGGAGAACCGAGUUGGGUUACCUAACAACUCAUCAAGAUUCGCGUUUCAUUGCUCACUCGGUUGCUCCUCCUCCUCAUCCAGUACUUCUGCCUCAAAAUAUAUAUCCUAAUAAUUUUGCUCAUUAUGCACAAGUUCUUGGUAGUGGGGAUCAUAAUUUGAACCACGCCAUACCAUCCGGUAUCUACCACAGAGGAACAUAUCUUUCGCCGUCUAUGUCUUCAUCUUCAACAUCUUCCUCUGCAUCAACGCAUAAUUGGCAACAACAAGGAGGAGAGGUUAGAAGACUUCCACCGCAGUCUGGAAGUUCUUCUUCAAGUUGUGAUCCUCCAAAGAAUUGGGAAGAUUUUGAUCCUAAUGAUCAGUCGAAAGGGUAGUUGAUCCAAGUUCACUGGAGAUAUAUACAUCAUCUUAUAUCUAUUGUGAUUUUCUUUUUUAUGCUCAAAAACUUUGUUCUCAAGGGUUUUCAAGAAAGGUUGGUUUGAUGAUUUUUGUGUGGUAUCGGGCAGGAAAUUUUUAACAAUCAAAAGAAGAUUUUAUGAGAUGAAGUAUAUUGCAUUUCAACCUA